AUGGCUGAAUUUAAUGUUUCAUACAGGAAGGCUAUGGCAAUGUAUGUACCGCCCGAAACACCUACUUAUGUGCCAACUCAAUCGCCAAUGCCCCGUUUAGGUAAUUUAAAUAAGAUGCCUCAAUUGCCGGAACCUAUCCCAGGAACCACAAAUAGGUUUUUUAGCUCUAUUUUGCCGGUUCAGGAUAUUUCUACACCUGUUACUUACGCGCAGGCCGUGUCAUCGAGCCCCAUUAACAAGAACAAAGUGGACAGUCGGGGAGAAAAAUCUGUUCGAAAUGACACAACUAAGAAGAUUAAGAAGAGAAUUCAAGAACCUAAUUUAGAAGAGUAUAUAUAUGACGGCAAUAUGUCGACAGAGUCUGAAAGUAGUGUAUGUGAUCAACCAGUGUCUGAACAAAACAAAAAGAAGAAUCACGAAACUUUAAAAAAAGCUGACUGGGUGAAGUAUCGUCAGGUAAUAGAAGAAGAGUGCGCUCAUUUCGAAAUUUCAAGUAAUCCACAAGAAGCCUAUGAUGAUUUUAUCACUUUGUUGUUCAAAGCCGCAGAAGCAAGUAUUCCAUUUAUUAAAAUAUGCCUAAAUCCCAAGGCUAAUUUUAUUCCUAAGCCAUAUUGGACUCCUGAUCUGUCUCACGCUGUUGCAGAGAGACGGCUAGCACUUAAAAUAUUUAGACAGAAUCCCACACCGGCUAAUUUAAAUAGAUUGCAGGAAAAAACUCGCAAGGCUCAAAAACUAAUUAGAAACGCUAAAAGUAAAGGAUGGUGGGAAUUUUGUACGUCCUUGAAUGAAAUAUCUUCAGCUUCUGAAAUGUGGAGAAAAAUGCAGUGGUUAAAAGGUUAUAGAUCAGCUAAACCACAAAUUGAAAAAAGUAUUGCUGAGUCAUUAUUGUGCAACUUAACCCCUGACUAUGGCCUUGUGGUGGUGGCUAAAGAGAAACCCAUAUCAUCCUAG